AGCUUCACUCGUUCACACAUUGACCAAUCUACAAGAUCCUCGCCGUCAUAAUAUCUCACCAGCGCAGAGACGGGCUAGCCAAUCCACCGAGGCACCAUAAUAUUCCGCAUCCAUCUCAUCUCGUCCUCCCUGUCGAGUCCGAACCGAGAAGCCCGGCAGGGCAUCGCACCGCACCGCACAAUCUCCCAAGAUGGGUGUCGUAAAUAUAGUCAACAUGUGCUCGCACCUACAAAAUGCGUCGCGAGCCCGUCUAGGCCUAACCUCCGUCCCGCACACAAAAUACAACCUCUCCCUAGCCAUAGCCCUAUACCGAGGCGGCUACCUCUCCUUCGUCACCCGCGGCGGCACUCAACCCCCCGAUCCCGCUACCAUCUCGACCUUUGAGCCCGCGCCCUUGACCGACGCCAACGUCGCCCGCCAGCGCCUAUGGGUCGGUCUCAAGUACAAUGCUACUGCGGGCGGCGAGCCCGUUAUGGGAUCGAUCAGCCCUAUAACUACGCCCAAGAGGCCCGUUACCGCUAAGUUGGCUAAGUUGGAGCGCCUCGCGCGGGGUUUCGAUUCGCAUCCUCAUCGGGCCUUGAAUAUCGGCGAGACCAUUAUCCUGACUACGAGUCUGGGCACCAUGGAUAUCCGCGAGGCCGUCGAGCGCAAGGUUGGAGGUUUGUUGCUGUGCCGGGUAGGCCCGUGAUCUACCGCCUCAUCUGGUUCGUUUAGACGCUCCUAGGGCUGUCUGCUUGUGGUUGGCGGGAGUAGCAUCGCCGCUGUUUGCGCAUUCUGGGUGGGGAAGUUGGUAGGAAGUACCAAGAACGAGAUGAAUCGACAGAACGAGUCGUGUUAAAGAAUGGGAUGAGGGGAUGAGACUAUGAGCCGACACCCUCAUCUUGUGUCUCGUAUGCUACACGCGUGGCCUCGAAUUCUAGAGUUAUAUGAUGGCCAACGUUCUGUAGACGAAAUAUAAAACGAACAAGCAGACAGGGGGUAGCAGAAAGACUUCAUGUAUAUAAAGCAAGGGAACAUAGGCAUCGGCUGCUUGCCUGUGUACUUGAUUGUACUAUAUCUACUCGCAUAUCAUAAAAUAUCUGAUGACACACG